UCUUAGCUCACGCACUCAAAUACAGAGGCUCAGAGCACGGUAGAAGAGCAGCCGAGAGGAGGAGAACAAUGGCUGCUUCGUUCAGGGUCGCCGUGGCGGUGACAUGCGCAUUGGUUCUCGCGACGGCGUGCCAGGGCCUGCAGGUGGGCUACUACAACAAGAGCUGCCCCCGCGUGGAGCACAUCGUCAGGGACGAGGUGAAGAAGUUCGUCUACAAGAACGCCGGCGUCGGCGCCGGCCUCAUCCGCAUGCUCUUCCACGACUGCUUCGUCCAGGGAUGUGACGGAUCCGUGCUGCUGGACCCGACGCCGGCGAACCCGCGGCCGGAGAAGCUGAGCGCGCCCAACUUCCCCAGCCUGCGCGGCUUCGAGGUGAUCGACGCGGCCAAGGACGCCGUCGAGAAGGCCUGCCCGGGCACGGUCUCCUGCGCGGACAUCAUCGCCUUCGCCGCCCGCGACGCCGCCUACUUCCUCAGCCGCUUCUACGUGAAGAUCGACAUGCCCGCCGGCCGCCUCGACGGGCGCGUCUCCAACGCCUCCGAGGCCCUGGACUUCCUGCCGCCGCCCGUCUUCAACAUCACCGGCCUCGUCGGCAGCUUCGCCGCCAAGGGGCUCGACGCCGAGGACAUGGUCGUGCUCUCCGGCGCCCACACCAUCGGCCGCUCCCACUGCUCGUCCUUCGUCCCCGACCGCCUCGCCGUCCCCUCCGACAUCAAUGCCUCGUUUGCCAACUUGCUCAGGAGGCGGUGCCCCGCGAACCCGACCCCGGGCAACGACCCCACCGUGAACCAGGACUUGGUCACCCCUAACGCGCUCGACAACCAGUACUACAAGAACGUGCUGGCGCACAAGGUGCUCUUCACGUCCGACGCCGCGCUGCUCACCACGCCGGCGACGGCCAGGAUGGUGCUUGACAACGCCAACAUCCCCGGGUGGUGGGAGGCCAAGUUCAAGAAGGCCUUCGUCAAGAUGUCCCAGGUCGAGGUGAAGACCGGCAAGCAGGGCGAGGUCAGGAGGAACUGCAGGGUCGUCAACUAACAUCGUCAACACUACUGAGCAAUCCGAUGUUGACAUGGAAGCUUGAGCUUGCCCAUUGGUGUGUUCGUUCUUGGUUUGCAGGAGCGCACGUUAAUCUUUUCUUCUUCUUCUUUUGUGGCGACAAUUGGGUCUUUAAUUGAUUUCCAACAGCAAAUUACCCGUGCAUACUACUUUCUAUAUUUGUUAAUUCAUUUGCUAUUUUUUGUUGCAUUACUUGCUCUGCUAUUUGUGAAUGUGUAAAUUGUAAUUGUGUACUUUUAA